AUGAAAUCGCCGACCAUUCUCCUCCUUUGCAAGAUGAUCAAGAACGAGUGCAUCCACAUCCUGCGGUCUCGGCCCUUCAUCAUUGAUCAAAUCCCACCCUGGCUGCCCGGCGCUCUCCGACCAAUGAAGCUCUUGGGUUUCGUCGGUAGACAAACGCUCCGUAAUCUCCGGUAUAUCGACAUUCGAAUUGCCCUGGGAGAGGGUAUAGGGAGCGGUUGGGUCUGGAAGGACAUUCUGCAAGAGAUUUUCGAUGCUCUCCACGACGAGAGCCACUUUGUCACAAUGCGAAUCAUGAUCAAGCGCUGCAAUGUUAGCAAUGCCUCCCUAUGGGACUUCGAGGAGCAGAACAAGUACCUGCAGAUCAAGGAUAUGAUUGCUUGCUUCGAAAAGGCUGCCCCGAAUGUCUGGACCCCUGGGCAAGUGAUCGUGGAGGAUUGGGUUGUGCAGGGUCGCCGGGCAAGAAGAGUUAUGUCACAUGUCCCCGAGGAUGGUAGGCUUAGCAUGAACGCCCCUGGCGGAAAUGUCGCUGAUAUUUGUGCAGAGCAAGAGAUGUACUACUAUCCGAACAGAGACAUAUGGCCCGGAUCUAUGCUGGAGUUCGUCCAGCCCAGUGAUCCAGUCCAGCGCAGACCUUCAAUCGGGAACUAA